GCAAUAAAACCGUAAUGUUAGAAAAGAAGAUGGACAUGAUCCCAUAUUAGUGACACAGAAAUAUAAACUUCAAACAAGAUGGCGCAAUCACAUCCAGAAGAAAAGUUGUGCGAGCUUCUGCGGAAAUGUGGGUAUGAGUCGCAGCGCAUCACGGACUUGCAUUUUCUGUUCUCGAAAAAAGGGAGGUCUGUCGUGCCCGUCUCAAAGCGAGAUGAGGACGAUCUUCACGUUGUACCUGCUGCGGAGGUUGCGAGCGGGCUCUCGCGUCUGGUUGAAAUGCCGGACGAAGAGUACUUCACCUGGUGUGAUUUCAUUCAAGAGGCGGAGAAAGAGGAGAAGGUGAAAAUUUUGAAGCAAGCUACUGCAGAACAAGCGGCUCUGGACGGUGGAGGUGGGGGGCAGUUGCACGCAAAGGAAAGACAAACCGAGUCUACAACUCCUGGCGAAGUAGGGGGCGAAGGGACAAACACCAAGAAAUCUUCGAAGCGACGGGUCGGAAAGGCAAAGGCGAAAAAGCAGGCAGGAACGACUGUCACCCGUGCGAAGGAAGCCACGGCGGCAGCAAAAGAUAAAGAUGGAUCUUGUGGAAUUAUUGCGGAUAACAAGGAGGCUCGAGCUACUAUGAUUUCGGAUCUGCAAGCGAGAGCAGACAAAGUUCUGACUCUCGGACACGAGCGGAUUGCGAGCGGUGCCCACCGCGAGCUCUCCCAAGAGUGUUUUAGCCUCCUCCGUGAUAUUAUCCUGCAGAGGAUCACGUGCGACGAAAAUACCCGCGGUUUGAGUUUUAGCAAGAAUUUUUCUACUACGGAGGGCGCCAUGUCGACGAGGAAAGAAUCUAGUACUACUACGCCGAGACCCACUUCUAUGGCGAGCGACGCGACCUCUGCGACGGUCUCAGUCGACAAUGAGUCUCCAAUUAAUACUGCAACGCCCCCACCAGCAACUACGCUGCAGAGUUGUUCUCUACCUGGAGCAGGUUCAGCAGCAGCUUCUCAUGAUGCUCAAACCUCCACCCCGACAACAACCGCCGGGGACACCAUUGCUUCCGCCUCUCCCUCUCCAACACUACUAGAAUUGGAAAGAGACCACAAAGACAGCAACAGCAAUAAAACCACGAAGGCUAGUAGUACGGCAUCCCCCGCUUCGGGACCGUCCCUCAAGGUUCUGAUGGACAUCUUUGAUAUUCCCUGCACCUCCAGCAGCUCAUUGGGCCAAAGCUCCAGGAGCAUCGGCGGCGCUCCACGACCUGGAGAAGUUUCAUCCGCACCAAAACAAGACUCCGAAGAUGUUGAAAAGUCUGUCACUACUACUGCUUCUCAACAACAUCGCACCCUGGCUCGUGCCGUUGACCUUUGUUUUCUCUCUAUGGUGGCGUGGCUCCAGGAGCUAACCGAGGAAUUUCAAGUGACGCAGCGAAAAACCGGGCAAGUGUUCUCCGCGAUUAAAGCAGCGACAGCACGUGGCGGCGCUUUCAACUACAGCAUGAGACAGAAGUGCGAAGAAGAUGAAGAACUACAAGAACUAUCGGUAUCGGAGAAGGAAAAGAUGAAGGUGAGGAAGGCAAACAAAUUCCUUGCCGACCUUAUGCAAGAAAAAAACUGUGUAAGUGUAACUUUGUAAUGCAAAACAUGCAACAGAGUUACACCUGUCAUGCCACACAGCCAUGAAGUCCUUUUUUCAAGUGCAUGUUCCCUUACAAGCCACCCAUGACAGGUUUUCUCUGUCAUGUAGAGCAUAUUUGUGAUGCUGUCUGCCAAAGAAAGUUACACUAACACAAUUUUUUUCUUGGAUAGACCUCCAGGAUAAAGUCGAUCUCGAUAUAAAAACCACAACCUCUUCUACUUCCAUGAAUCAUAGAACUCAUGGGGAUGAAAAAGUCCGGCUGGAAGAUUGUGCGACGCUGUUUCGUUUCCUAGAUAAACUGGAGGAAGAGCUGGAACUCGUCGUGGUACAGUUGUCAACCGCCGAGGGUGGACGAGGUUCGUCUGUGCUGUUACAACGGAAAAAUUACGAAACAACUCGCCAAGCAAUCGUCGGUCUGAGGAAGCACCUGCGCACGGCGGUUUGCGAAAAGUGCGGUAAAAUGAACUCCUCGCGGUGGGAAGCCUUGAACAAAAUCCAGGAUACGCGUUGCAAAAUCAUCAAUAUCGUAGCACUAGAAAUGAUGACGAACACGAAUCAUCUUUUCAAGAAAAAAAACGUAAGUUGUAAUGCUGUUUUCCCAUAGAGGGCCACAGGCCUGUAGUCAUGCAUGACUGCGAUUAUCAUUAUUACGAGUGCGUCGAUAUUGCUUUUGCACUGGAUCCAGGAGUUUGCGCAGUUACUCGCCAACAACGGGUAUCCAGCAGUACUAGACCCGUUGACGCAGGGCGAAGCAGCCCUAGCCAUUUCGGCCACAACCAGUGCAGCUGCGGCGCAGCACAUUGGAACAGCAGGUGCAAACGGAACUACGACUCGGAGGACUCACGGUAGCACUGGUGGCCUGGAGGAAGCCACAAGAAGAGAGCUGGAUGAUCCGAAGGAAAAAAAUAACCCGUUUAUCGAAAAGAAAAGCCCCGCCUCCCCAUAUCAAACUGAAACUUCUGAUACUGGAUUUGUGUACACAGAUCUGAGCUGUCUUGCUGGAGAGCACUGCAGGCCCAUACUAAGUGCGAGUAGAAGGGUUUUGGCUUAGGCACUUAGCAUGAGUAACGUCCGCGCUGUAGGCCCAACAGCAUGACAAAUCGUCUGCGUAAUGUGGCGGAGCCUGCGCACUUGCCUUCUUGCAAGCCAGACACGAUUUGUGAGCACAAAUCAGCAUGACAAAUUCCCAAAAAUAUACCUUUUCGAUAUGGGGAGGGGGGAUUUUUCUCUACGAUACCGUUCCCGCAGCGCGCAGCAGGCCAGGAGCGGCGUUUGUGGCGGGAGGAGAUGAAGUUCAGUGAACUUGUGCUGGAGCACCUUGAUGGGCAAGAGGAGCACCAGUUUUUCGGAGACCUCGGGAUUCGCAGCGCGCUCUGCCGGGGCGUGUUCAGUGACCUGGCGUUCAAUGGUGAUCGCGUCAAAGCGGUGCGCAAUUUGAGGAAGGUGGUCCCGUCAGAGCACUGGUGGACCAAGGGGAUCAUGCGUGAGAAAGUGUUGCUUCGCGAAGGGGAUUAUGCGUUGCAAAUGUAGUUCAUCAUUUUAUCGUACCUACUAGUGGUCGUAAUUCAGAGAAUCUUCAGAAAUGGAGUUUGUUUUCAUGCAGCACCAGGAAAUCGACUUCGAGGUAGUAGUAGCAGAACAGAAGCGGAAUUUUCAGGACGCAUGGCCGCAAAAAUGAAAAUCAUGUGCUGUGUAUAAGGAGGAGUGCGAAUGCGAUAGAAGACUUUUGCAACCUGCAUACGCCAACCUCGGAAAGCAGGCAGCGGAGAUAUUUUGACAAGCUGACCGAGUUUGUGACCGAGUACGCCGAUUUAGAGGAGAACGCUCGCGAGCGGCACCCGAUGUUCGGGCCCGACUUCUGGGCGGAUGCCACGUUUGACAAGAAGGGCCGGGACCCCGCGUCGCUGUGGCUCGACCCGAAUCACUUGCCGUUCCUGGCGCAAAAGCUUUUCACGCUCUCGAGCGUGGUCUUCGACCUCUUGGAGAUCUACCGCACCGAUGGAAUCCCUCUCGAAUGGGGCUUCCAGAUUUUCGAAGAAGACCGGGCGGCGGCAGAACGCGGGCGACGACACCUACUCGACGGCGGCGGCGGUCUGAGUAGUUACCUCGCGAACGACUUUCAAAUGCUCUUGAUGCAGGUCGAGGAGUUGUUCGAUAUCGCAAUCGGAAAUGCGCCUGCAAAGGAAAUGAGUGCUAGUUCAACUACUGCUAAUGGCACAACAUCAUCAACUUCUGCCACGAAGAAGAAACCCAAAGACAAGGCUUCAAAAAAGGCGGCGGAGGCAGCGUACAAACAGGGCUGGCAGAUCUCCGAUGUGGUUCUUUCUGCCCUGGCUGCGGCGCAGGCCGUCCGGUUGCACCCCCUGGUUCGGCGCAGCGGGCGCUUUCGCCACGCGCUGCACUCCGGUACCCCCCAAAUGUUGCACGCCAAAUGGGCUCUGCAAUUCGUGAGACGGACGAACAAUAAUGGUAGUAAUGAUUGUAGUUCAUCUUCCGCCGGCGGCGCAGCUUAUGAUCCGAAGUGGAUGCUGCACGAGUUCUCUUCCCCGCGCCGCACCUGGAUUGUGCUCUGGAAACUGGGGAUCGGGAGAGUCGCCACCGUCGACCUGCGCCACGACGAGCUUACGCGGGCGGCGGCGUCGAACCCCCGGCUCGCACGGCAGCGGUUCUCGCACCCGCCCUGGGGAAUCGCAGUUUUCCGUGCCUUGGCGCGCACCAUUGUGUCGUCAGCCGCACAAGUGUUUCGAGAUGUUGAAGAGGAGCAACUACAAAGAAAUACCAAUCUUGCCGCAGCUUACCAGAAGUUUGAAACAAAUCACCACGCGAAGAAUAAAAACGUGUACAAUUUCGCCGAUGGAGCGAGUGAGAGACAGCCGCUCAUUUCCUCUUCUUGGUCCGCCGAUCCGGGGCUGGUGGCGGUGUGCGCGUGCGCACGGGGCGCGCUGCGCGUGCAAGAGGUCGGCAAGGACGGAGAGAAACUCUCGCGUCGAAAGUCCGAAGACUACCACAAGUACCUGAAGGUCGUCCGAGACGCCUUUACCGGGAACACGACAUUUGCGGUCAUGCUUCGUGAGGGGCGGGAGAUAACGAAAAAAUUUUUGUUCAAAUGGAAAGACUGCACGCUCAUUGAGGGUUGCGGGGGAGAUGAUGGGGCAGAAAAUCAUCAAAGUAGUAAGCCCGCAGAAAAGAAGAUUAUGGAGGAAGAUCAACACGCAGAUGAAAAUAGAAAGAGCCGCGACAAGGAAAACGACGAGUACGUCAGCCCGAUGGAAUGGCACGACGAAUUCACUCUGCAGCAGAAUGUGAAUGCCAACCUCUUGCUCGACAGCUACCCCGAAGAAACACAGAAUCUCGACCUUGUCGUGCUUCUGGCUGAUUUAUUUGCGCUGGUCGACGCGUUGGACGGAAUCGAGGAGGCUUUUCAGGGGGUGAAAAAAACCGUCCAGGGCCUCAACGCGUGGAAGUAUUUUGAGGAGUUUCACGCGCGGAAAUAGAGGGGACUCGUGAGUAGACGAUUCUAAACGAAAGAAGUUCAACAUCGUGCCUGCGGGGAUGGUUUAGCAGUAACAAAACGAACAGUGAAAAGCGUUGUAAAGGUGAAGCGUUCGAAAAUGAAAGUCACAAGAACGCGUUGCGGAAUGAUCCAUGAUUCUUACCUAUGCUCAAUUCUGCGGCGACGUCGAGAU